UACACAAUGUCUGUUAAGUUAUCAAAGUGAUUGGAGUGCCAAUGGUUUGGAAACUUUAAAGCAAAUCUGAGAAAAGAGACAAUGAAUAACACAUUACGGUUAUGUGCAGUGUUAAUCCUCUGGGCGCUUUCUGCAAAAGGUCAAACUGAUUUGACCAGAGUAGCAGAUAGUUAUGGACCUUUGGUUGUUGAAACAACAGUCAAACUUCUCCGUGAUGCAUGUUUAAUUAAUGACCACUUUUUUCUUCGACGCAUCGCCUCCUUUGAGACUAAUGAUGGCCUUGCUCUUCUUCCGGCGGACCAUGGUGGUAUCUGGAAGGUAGAUGAAGAAAUGUUUAACUAUACCCAGUCGGGAACGCCCAUUUUGCAAAAUAUAUACAGAGAUGUGUUCAAUAAAUUGUUUGUGGUAUGGAAAGGAAUAACCUGGAAAGAAUUGAAUAAACCCUUAUUUUCCGGACUUGCUGCAGCAAUUUAUCUCAAAGCAAAAACCAACGAAACUAUACCCCUUUCAAAACCCGGCCAAGCAAAAUUUUGGAAGAAGUACUUUCGAACAAAUGGAAACGAGCAAGCUUUUCUCACAGCAAUGCAGGCAAUGCCUGAAGGUUGCAGCGUGCCUACUCAAGUAGAUCUUACAUUCAUUGUUGAAACAUCGUCCAAUGUUAACUCUGCAGAACUGAGACAGACAAAAAAUUUCAUCGCAAGGAUAAUAAACGGUCUAGUUGUUUCUAGUUCGAAGGUUCAAGUCGCUGUGGUUACAUACGGAAGUCAAGCAAAUGUUUCAUUUCAUUUGAAUUCUUACUCAAACAAAAUAGACGUGGUUUCUCACAUCGAUUCCAUGCCUUUGAGCGGGGGAUCGGUAGCUACAAGUAAGGCCUUAAAACUAACGAGGGAAGAAGUAUUCGUUGCAAAAAACGGAGCCAGAGUUGGUGCCGCGCAAGUAGCGAUUCUUAUUACCAAAAGUCCGCCUGACAACAAGACCAAAUCCGAAAUCGAAUCCUCUGUCUUAACUGGAAGUGAUGUAACUCUAUUCACCAUUGCAAUUGGCUCAACCGUUAAUUCAAAUGAUUUGAAUAAAAUCAGCAGCCAACCAAAUUGUGUUCAUUAUACUCACAUUGACAAUUUUUUGGAUUUGGAAGACCUUGCUGCUGAAAUGGAUGAAGCUAUAUGUCGAGCACCAGUGAAAUUGUCCAGUGGAAGAUUUACCCAUCCCUGUAAUGUGGACGCCUUACUUUCUAUCCCUGACAAUCCUUACGGUACCACGAUUAAGAUUUCAGUUGGUGCGGGGUCGAGGACUUUAUAUACUUCGUUCAUGUUUGGACAGCCAAACACAGCUAAAAAUGACCUUGCCGCCACAGUAGAUAACUUCAAUCCCCUGACCUUGUAUCUCCAUGACAACAACCCCAGUUACCACAUCAGUAUGAAGAGUGUUCUAGGAUUGAUUUGUAUGGAUAACUAUACCAUUGAUGUUCAAGUGGGACCACCGAGCUCAGUAUCGCCUGAUACUAUUUGCAUAGAGCAAGGCAUCAAGAAAGAUUGUUCUAAUGUUACAAUGAACACAACACCAGCAACCUCUGCAACCCCAGGAACCUCCGCAACAUCAGUACCCACAACGUCAACAGCACCUUCCACGCCUGCUGUUGCCACAGCAAGUACAUAUCAGACGACCCCGAAUAUUUGUGUCGGGAACAUAACAGUCGCCCAACACCCCAAUGACCCAACCAAAUUCCUGAUGUGUGACAUUAAAGGCCAGCUCCUCACAGUUCAGUGUCCACAUAAGGAGUUAUUCUGCGCGGCCACAAAUUUAUGCGAGGCACAUUGCCCCUCGACGACAACUAAACUCACCCAAUCGACAACUCCCAUUGUGUCGCCUACGUCAUUGGUACCAGCAACAAACAGCACAAGCAGAAAACCCAUCAUCAUUAUAGUCUUUACCACUGGACCCCCGGUGAUCAUGGGUUCGAGAACAGCGCCCUCGAACUCCGCGACAACCACUAUUCCUAACACAAAGACGACUUUUACGAAUUCACCUGUUAGAACAACACGUGGCAUUCCCACUACCACAACAUUACAAAAGAUUACAUCAACAAAUUCUGUAUCAACAACAACUCACCGAGCAACGACUAAUCAAAACUGUCAUCAGAACCCAUGCACAGUACAUGCUUUCAUGAAUAACAAUUUGUAUUUCCCCGCAUGUGAUGAACACGAAUAUUAUCAAUGUUUGGGAAUAAAUUCCAAGAAAACAGUACAAUGUCCGCCAGACAAAAUUUUUAACCCUGAUAUAUUGAAUUGUGUGAAUGAAUUCGUUUUUAACGAAGAAACUCAGGCUUUUGAUAAAACAAUUCCAAAUCCAUGCAAAAAUACACGAGGAGAUUUAUAUUUUGUUCACCCUACUGACAAGUCCAAAUUUAUUCACUGUGACGGGUUUUGGAAUGGCUUUAUGAGAACAUGUCCAUCUGGAGAAAUAUUUCAUGAAAUGGCACAGUCUUGUAUAAUGAUUGUUAGCUCGGCUUUUGGAAAAUAAAUGAUUUCAUAGAGGGAAUUUUUGCAGCAACGAUAUGAUAUGCAUGGUCUGAAUAUGUUCAUGAAUAAAUGCAAUACAGACUGAUGUAAGCUACUUAAA